AAUCAAAGGCAACGGUAACUUACAUGAUGACUUGCGUCCCUUCUCGUCAUAUACAUACUCUUCUACUUCGGAUCGCUGCCGCAAUGAAUUGUGGGGCGUCUAUUUCGCCUUUCCUUUUGCAAAGUUAGGUCCAGUGUACCCUAUGCUAAAGGAGAUAGAAAAAGGUAGCAUUGGAGCACCUAUCCUAAGCAUUUAAAGAAUUCGAACAGUUGUUAUCACAGCUGCCGAUGAAAUACUUAUGUCAUUUUACUCAGUUAGGAAUCUUCCUACGCAAAUUAGACAAUUCGACUGCACCCACUCUCACGUGAUCUCUAAUCACAGAAACAUGACCUCUCGGUGACCUCUGACGGGCCCGAAAAUGCGGCUCUGUGAUUGGCCGAGCGGACUAGCCUCGCAGACGGGUGAAGAUGACUGCCGUAGUGCUGUUGCUGCUCGGACUCUCCGCUGGUCCUGGACCCUCUGAGUCCGGCUCCGCUCCGGGACCGGGACCGGAGCCGGACUCAGGGCGCGGCAGGAUGGAACUGCGGCGCGUGCAGGGCCUCGCCUCUCAGCCCAGGUACGGAGAGUGCUGGGCGCAGGCUCUGGAGCACCUGGACACGCGCUGUAAGGACAUGACGUCGGAGAGCCAGAGCCGGAUAGCGCUUAAGUUCACCCACUGUCACCUGAGCAGCUCUGGUAGGGAUUUCCCAUCGUGCCCUGACGGCUCCGAGGUCAGCAGGUGUACAGGUGGGAUGGACGCUGUGGCCUUCAACGCCUACACGGAGUUCUUCACCCACACUCACUCCAUCUGUCACUUCCUGCAGUCGGAUGCGUGGCAGAGCCGAGCAGAAAACACCAUGCACAGGUUAACAGAGAGUUCAGCAGGUGUCGCUGAGCAGCUUCAGUCCACCAGGCAGAUGGCACAGGAGCUCAUUGAGGCCCAGAGUGAGGCCUUGCAGGCGCAGCAGGAGAUCCUGAACAAUGGGGAGGAGCUGAGAGUCACCCUGCAAGACUCGACACAGGGCCUGCGGUCGGUCUUCUCAGAGCUCAGUAGCGUGUCUAGGGAGCAGCAGGUGGCACUGUCUGAGCUCUUUAACAGAGUUUCCUUCCUGCAGAGUUUCCUGUUGAUGGAGGCUCAUAGCCUGAGCUCCUGCUGCUACAACGCUGCUGCUCUCUGCACCUCCUUCCUACUCACCUCUACGCAGCGCUCCUCGAGAGCAAGGUUAGCGUUGUUGUGUCUGGUGUGUUUAAAUUUCUACCUGGAGAGAAAAAUCUACCAGUUUGUGAUGAGCUCUAAUCAUCCUGAGCACAAACACAUGGAGCUGCUCGCCGCGUACGUUGGCAUGCUGCGGCGGCUCAUGCUGUGUGUCGGACUGUGUGUUCUGCUGUACGCGUGUGUUCGCUACAGAGACCCGGUGCAGCAGAGCCUGCAGCUACUGCAGCAGCUCAGGGAGACGCAGCGCCGCCUGCAGGAGGCACUACAUCGUGCAGAGCGUCUCGGAGAGAGACAGGAGAUGACUCGGGUAAAGUUUGGUGAAGAAAAGGACAGAGGAGACAAAGACGAUGUCCUUAGUCUGAGCCGUCGUGUCCUCCCGAGAUCAGAGAAAAGAAGACAAGCGGAUGACCUGUCUCACCUCUCACACACAGGUCGGAGGACAGCUGACGUGACCCCACUGCCAUACACUACCCACAAUGCCUCAGUGAGUCCAAGCCAGCGUCCUUGUGGCCCCCCUUCCUCCCCUCUGGUCUAUAGUAUCCUGGUGGAGGACAAACAGGUAGAUCAGAUGCGAUUAUUUGAGUUGAAAGUUAUAAUCCUCUAGAUACAUUUAUAAAAGCCUUUUGAUGUGUUCACAGAAAAGAAGCUGAAACUAGCUCAACUUGAGGAGAAAAACUCCUGCAUCAUGUUCACGUAUUAUUAGCCAUAGCAAAUAAUAAAUUAAGACCAUUAUGGAGGUUCUGAUCCUGGUGGCAGCUCAAUGUCCAUCCUUUAUGUAAAAGGUAAUAUCAUAUCAAUUGUUUUGAUUUCCUGGUUAAAGAUAAUUUUAUGUAGUUCCCAAGCCGGUCUUAUGUACAGUUCAGAUGAUAACACUGAGUUGCCAUUUUAACAUAACAAAAUACACCACCUAAUGUGUCUUUGCCCUAAAUAUAAGAAUAGAACUUUAAAGGGCAAGACAAAGUAACCAUGUCAAUUAAAAUAGGAUAUGGUCAAAUACCUGAGCAUUGAUGUGGUGAAAUGAUAUCCGAUUCACAUAAUCCCCCUCAUGUUCUCCUAGGUGCGCUUUAAUGGGGAUGUGUGUGUUAUAGCCAAUUACCAUGGCAACAUGCAUUGGGUUAAAUCUAUGCAUCUUCCAUAGUACGGGUUGACCAGGAAGUUACCCCUGAAGAAGUUACCCUAAAAAGGCAGUAACCCUUUGUCGUACAGGCCUCAACUCACAAUCAUACAACAAUGUGUUUUUACUCACACUGAACCAAUGAGAUGUUACAAGGGCAACCACAGACUGAAAUCCUACGACCUCUGACCUCUGCUGUUUCACUCUCUGCACACUCAGUGUCGUUACAGCCUGAGGAGCCGGCGAUCGGAGACUCUCUGAAUCUUGCUAUGACAUUGCCAAUAUGACAUCACGGAGACAACGUCAUAAGCUUUUAUGUUUCAUGUCAAUAAAGUUGAGUUUUAAACAGA